GAUGGAGGCGCAGGAUGUAGAGGUGUCUCAGGAUGGGGGAGGGGGGAUAUUGUGUGGAGAAGUCCCACGGUAUGUGGGGUAACGCAUUGGGAGGUUUCCUGGAGCAAUUGGAAAGGGACAGAUUGCGAGGAGAAAGGUGUCCCAGGACUUUGUACAGGGGAACAGUGUGUGUGUGUGUGUGUGUGUGUGUGUGUGUGUGUGUGUGUGUCUCUGUGUGUGUGGCAUCACUCGGGGUAUCGGGGAACUGUGGACAUCGCCUAGUUUUUUCCUGUAGAGAAAGGAUCAUUAGGCCUCAUGCAGCCCGGGGGAAGGUGUUGACCACAUAAAAGUUGCAGUCACCCUGGCCCCCAGUUCUGCAGACUCCUUCAUUGUGCGGCUCCAGCCCCUGAACGGUGGUGAUACGAAGCCAGCUGGGAGUGCCUUGCCCAUGUACCUCCUCCCAUCUUCGUUUUUUAUCUUGUCUCUACAGCCUUAGAAAUAAGGAAUCUUGGACAGCUGCCUUUAUGUUCCUUCAGAUGUAUCUGUCUUUAACAAAUCCAGUCUACAGAUGUUGGGUUUAUUCAGAAGCUUACAGUAGGGAUUUUUUUUUUAAACCUGCAUUUCCCAGUUGAUUUACCAUGGGAUUCUUUGAGAGAACAAAUUCUCCAUUUAACACAAGUCAGUUCAUGGAAAAUCAGCUUAAUUCAACAAAUGAGUUAAAUUGUCUACUAUGCUCAAAGCACUGUAUUGUGGGAAAUAUCAGAGAAGAGCAAGACAAGGCCCUUACCCUCAAGGAACUUUGUCUAGCUGGGAAGAUGAGACAUGUACCUGUGAAAUAGGCCAUGGUUUGGGGAAGAACUGUUGGCUGGUAACUAGGCUUUCACCAUUGUUCUGCACUAUCUGACAUGAUGGGACCAGGCAGACCAGCUUCAACUUGUGUUAAUCACGCAUCUAGUGUCCAGCUAGAUGGGAGGAGUGACCCCUGGAGACUUCAGACCCAGAACCAGCUGCAGUUUAAUAAGAAUGUUCCUACACAUUCAAGCAACUUGGCAAUCCGGUAUUCUUACCCACAUGCAAUUAAAAUAGAAAAACUGAAGCACUCGCACACUGAGUCGGACCACUGUAAAGAUUUGGAUUUUGGAGAUGGUCCUGAUCUAAGCAGUUCUGUUUCAUUUUCUGUUGUAUCAGAAGAGAGACUUAGCUACGCUGUCCACCUUGCCAAAAGAGAUAUGAAACGAAGACACUUUGAAGAACAUGUAAAAAAACAUCAUCUCACAAGUCAAUCCCAAAUCUCUCCGAAAUGUGGAUGCACCAAGCAUAAAAAAUCUGACCUUGGGGUGGAAAGGAAGGAAAUGAAUCAAGAAGCUUUUCAUUGCAACCACCAGCCAUCCAAAGUAGAAAUUUCCAGCUCAGGUGCCAAAGUAUACGUAUACACAUCUCAGGCAGGACAGUCAGAUUUGACCAUGCCAAAUUCGCCACCCACCCAUGACCCAGGACUGCGGCCUCAUGGCAGGACAGGUGACCACAAAAGCCUGUGUGAACACAGAAGACUGCUAGAAGUUCAGCGACUCCAGAAAAUAUUGAGCAAUUGUAUCCAUAAAAUCAAAGAAGUAACAAAAGAUAAAAUGGAAGAAGCCUUGGAUCCAGAUGAAGAACGACGCAUAAGGGUCAGGAGGCAGGAGCAGGCUGUGCGCUCUGCCCGGACGCUCUACGUCCUCCAGCAGCAGGUUAGAGAAAUCCAGGAAGAAUUGGAUAAAUUGAGUCCACAUAAUAUUAAACACACUAAGAAGUCAUGGGCAAUGUCCAGGCUGGCAUCUGCCUAUCGAGGAGCCGUUCAGGCCUUACAGAUGUUUGUCACGCAGUUUACUGACCGAGGGGCACACCCAGUGCCUGCUCAGUAUAGGGAACUGGGCAGUCUCAUCCGCCAGCUUUCGCUCUGUUCUGCCAAGGUGGAUGCUGAUUCUUCCGUUUCUGAUGUGGUGAUAGAUAUCCUGCAACAAAUUGAGGCUUUGGAAUCCCUCUUGGAAAAGAAACUGUCACCAAAAAAGGUGAAGAAAAAUUUUACUGAAAUUAGCAGCAAAUUUCCUGUUGAUAGCCCACGGCCCUUAGAGAGAUCGCAAAGUACAUUGCCAAAGAGUGAGAGGAGACCCUUUGUAACAAAGAAGAUAUUUCCAAAGGAAACAAGACAACCUUCAGUGGCAAAGAAGGUUCUUGCUGAUAAGUAUCCCCCUGAUGUAGAGCUUCCGAGGACCCCGAGGUUGGAGAGUGAGCUGGAGGCAUUAGAUGCGGAUAUCCUUCCAGAAGAGGCUCUGACUAUUCUAGACCAAAACGCAAGCUUCAAAGAAGAGGCAUUGGCCCCGGCAAAAACAAAAGCAGCGGGGAAGAGGCCUGUGACUGACAACGUGCCGGGCAGGAGGAGAGAUGCUCUGGCACCGGCCAGAUCCCAGCAAGGACUUCACAAAGCUGAAAAAAGUAGACCAACCCAAUCUCAGGGCAAAAGCAGGUUGCAUCAGACAACAGUUUCGUCCAGAUUAAAAAUCAACCAACAGCCUCUGAAAGACACUAGGGCUCCUUGGAUACCUCCAAACCCCACGUCCCCACAGGCGUCUCCUAAAUGUGCUGCGUGGCUGAAGGUGAAACCUAGCCCCAAAGACGCCACGAAAGAGCAGUCUGUGGAGCAGGAAAGUGCUCAAGAGGAAAGCCAGCCGGGAGGUGCUGUUGAGCACGAAGCAGUUAGACUCGCUUGGCUUGAUGCAGAAACUUCCAAAAGAUUGAAGGAACUCGGAGAAUUAAAAGAUGAAGAAAUGGACAAAAUGCAAAAUCAGAGUGUUUCUGCUACCCAGCUAGCAGACAAGGUAGAGAAGGCAGUCCUGGAGCGGUUGAAGCCUCUGCUGGCGCAGGCUCAGAGAGUCAAUUCUUCUGUGGGAGCAGAUACUCAUUUGAAGGAUCGCCCAUCGGCAAACACAGGGACAGCCCAGCCUGCAGAGGAGGCUACUGCUCUUGAUUGUAAAUCCAACAACAGUCCUCAGCUGGACGAUAUUUUGGACGAUACCACUCGUGAGCUCCGGGCUGUGACUCAUUCUAAGAUCUUGGAGCCUGACGCCUUAGCCACCUCGGGGGACGGCCUGUGUCUGGAGACCAUGCUGCUCCGAAUGGAGGAAAUGGAAAAAUACCAGGAGACAGUUCGCCAAAGAUAUAAUAAAAUUGUAUAUUCUGAUCCUCAAUUUUGGAUGCAGGAAGAAAGAAAUGACCAGAAACUCGCAGCAGUAAGUGAAGGACCCCUUUCCCCUCAUCCAAUCAGGAUCACAAAGACAGUAGCCAGCAAGGACCCAGAUGUGCACAUCGUGUUGGAAAGGCCCUGGAAUGGCAAUUCCCUGGAUGAUAGUGUGGGAACAGAGGAGAAAUCGGAGAAAAGAGAGGCUCCCCUUCUCUUUCCUUCAGAAGAUUCUGAGCAGAGAAAGGGUCGGACUGCCCUCCUGGUCCCCCCCGGAAUGCGACGCAGCAUCGGAGACUACUGCAGCCGCUACGACCAGUACCUCCGGAUGGUCUCCCAUGAGGCCGUGGGCUCCUUCAAUCCGUGGCUGAUUGCUGAAAGCUUUUCAGAGGAGCUGGUGGACGAGGCUCUGGGGUCCGUGACUGCUGAACUUCGGGACGUGUGCGAAGGCUACGCGGAAGCUGUGUUCACCUCGGAAUUCUUAGAGGCUGCCACCUGAAGGCUCUCCACCACGGGGCUCCGCGCCCCUGCAGGAGCGGCGGCACCACCCUUGGCGUUAGGCACGGCCAGUCUUUACCCAGGCUGUCCAUCCAGGCCCAGGCGCUGCCCAAGGAGAGGAAGGACGCGCCAGUGAGGUCAUCAUCAUGGCAAUGGUUCUGGCAGUUUACAGUGGAACGUGUUACAUUGAUUAGUACCCAGGAAACGUGAAUUGAUUAUGACAAUAUAUUUUCUGAAUGUAUAAUUUUCCUGUUGCUACAUUCCUCCACUGGCUCAGUUUGGGGAUCAGAAUGUUUUGAAAAGUAGCAGAUCGGUGUAUUUCAUACGGGAAUUCAAGCUGCUUCAGAACCCACAGGUGGAUCAGUGCCCACAAAAGUGCAAUGACCGUCCGGUCCCCUCACCUGGCUCACGUUUCCAUGUCGAGCGAUUUCCCAACAGGACCAGUUCCCACGGGUUACGGAUUCGAGGCGAGCCGGGUCAGGUUUCCUGCCAGACCUCUGCCCUGUGCAGUUCAGUGAGAAUAGGAGCCACCAGUUGUCAGUCACAACAAUCAACACAUCUCUCCAUGUGCAGUUCCUAGCGGCUUCUCACAUGUUGAGUUCGUCAAAGUCUUCUCUUGCUAUCAGUGGACAUAUUCGGACACACAGAGCUUUCUCUGAAUUCAGAGGAAAUCUGAGCACAUCGGAGUGGGCCUGGCCUCUUGUGCCCAGUCAGAGGGGCAGAACUCACUUCCAUCGCUGGUGAGGCAGACACGUUGGUGUUUCCAAACCAGAGAGACCUGGUGGGAGGAGAGAACCUAUUUGAAUGCCAUGAAGACCUCUGGGUCUGGGUCUCCAGAGAAGGGAAGAAACUUCGGAACCAUAAUAGCUUGGUCAUCGAACGUCUCGUAAGUCCUAUUUUACCAAGAGAAAAGCUUCUGUGUUUUCAGAAGCUCUGAAUUCAGAAAAAGGAACGUGUAUGGAAAGAAGGCCACUGCCUGGGAAAAGGUUCCCUCAGUUUCUUGCCUGAGGCUUGUGAAAAAAAAGAUGUGAAGAGUGAGUGAUGUAGACGUUCCCAUGGAAUAAUGUGAAUCUUCUUUGUAGCAUAUAGAGUGUUGUCACCUGGGGUUUUCUCUGAAGUGCAAGUGUUCCAGGUGAUGGUUUAAGCUGCUUGAUUCCACUUAUUUGUACAAAAUUGAUUUUUGUUUAAUGUUAAUGUUUUCUUGAUUAAUCUUAUAUAACCUCAGAAUUAAAAAGGCUUCAAGGGAAAUUAAAGGGUUUAAUUUGAGGAGUUAAUGUGUACACUUGAAUUGAUAGGAUUGUCUGUCUUCAUCAUUGAUUGUUUAAAGUUACUUGUGUGGCAGUUUUACUGUGCUGAUCUUUUAAAUAAACUCAGUAUUUUAAAGUA